AUGCCUGGAGCCACACCAAUACUAAAUGAUUCCUAUCUGUGCACAGCCAUCCCAGUUGACAUGAGUAUGAACCAUUACCUAACUGGAUUCAAACCUUUUGCAACAAUGCAUACAGCUCACCACAUGCUGUUAUUUGGUUGUUAUGAACCAGGCAGUGACGAACUUAUUUGGGAUUGUGGAGAAAUGACAAUUGCUGGGCCAGAUUUUGAACAUGCUCCAGUAUGUAACAAUCAACCAAGUAUUAUAUAUGCUUGGGGUAGAGAUGCACCCGAAUUAUACCUUCCUGAAGGAGUUGGCUUCAAAGUUGGUGGUAACACAAAUAUUCAGUACUUGGUACUGCAAGUGCAUUAUAUGAAUAAAUUGAAAUUUGAUUAUUCCGGUGUAAGUAUCGAAUCAACAGUUGAACCAUUACCAAAGCGAGCAUCUACCUUACUUAUGGUUACCGGUGGAAAGUUAGCAAUGCAUAAGAAAGAAUCAUUCGAAGCGGCAUGUCUUGUCGAUGAGGACAUUGAACUGCAUCCUUUUGCAUUUCGUACACAUACGCAUCGCCAUGGUGUAAUGGUCAGUGGUUGGGUUGUACGAGAAGACCAGUAUGGCAAGAAUCAUUGGGAACUUAUUGGUCAACGAAAUCCGCUCCUUCCACAAACAUUCCAACCAGUUGCUAAAAAUAUUACCAUUCGUCAAGGCGAUAUAAUUGCAUCCCGUUGCGUAAUGAAUAACAAUGAAGAUAAAGAGUUUGUUAUGGGUAACACGGGUGACGAUGAGAUGUGUAAUUACUAUCUCAUGUACUGGGUUUAUGGAGAUAAUAUUCUCAGGGAUAACACAUGUUACUCACCAGGAGCACCAGAAUACCAUUGGACUAGCGAAGCAGGACUCAAUAGUGUUCCUCAAAUAUGA